AUGUCCGACGAGAAGAAAGGAAUCUCGCUCCGUAGCGGGAAGAGAAAAACCACCCGUCCGGUUAUCAGCGCGCCAAAGCAGAUAUCAGGUCCCAUUCCCAACAAUGCCGUCGAUAUACCGCGUAGCAGCGGCGGUGUCAAGCCACCAGGCCCGGGGCCCAUGGCUCCUCCGCAGCCCAGAGAGAGGCCACCGCCGAACAGAGGAAAGACAAGUGACAAGGUGUUGCGCCGAUACUCGACUCGAUUUAAUAAUAUUCCGGACAACUUUGACGCCUCGGCACCGCCAAUGCCAUCGCUGCCUACCUUUGACCCUUCCAAGUACGGCGCGCCACCUGCCGAGAGACGGCCACCCCCUUCGAGAGGCGAGGGAGGCCCAGUCGGCGGCACUCGAACAGCUGGCCCCGUCGUCGUUGAUAUCAAGGCCCUGAGAGAUCCGGGACUUGCGCCUGACCAGUAUGUCGCCAACAUUCUCAGCGAGGCGACAGAGGACGAGAUACGAGAUUACGAGGAGAGUCUGCGGAAACUCAAGAGCCGAGCCGCAACGGAUUUGCAGCAGAAUGUCUACCAAAACCGCACGCAGUUUAUCAAGAUCAGCAAGGAAGCCGAAAAGCUAAAGGGGGAGAUGCGCGCUCUGAGAAACUUAAUCACAGAGCUUAAGUCAAACACGACGGCGCUCAGAAAUGCUUCUGCGAAUACCAGCGCAACCCUCAAUGGUGAGCUCAGUACUGGACUGAGUAAAAAGGAUAGACGAAGUUCCGUCGCGGACCGCACUGCAUUAUGGAAUUCCCAAAUGCAGGCUUUGUACAAGAAUGUCGAGGGCUCGCAAAAGUUCUUACCCAACUCCUUGGGAAGACAUGUCGUGCAAGAUGCCGGCUACUGGAUCGAGCUCGACAAUGCAACCUACAAGUCACGACGUUCGAUGCAGAUAUUUCUUCUCAAUGACCACUUGCUCGUUGCCUCGCGCAAGAAGAGAAAGGCAGACCAACCCAAUGAUGCUCGUGCUCCCAUGACCAAAGUAGUCGCCGACCGUUGUUGGCCUCUGCUGGAAAUUGAAGUGGUGGAUAUGGCUAGCACACACGAAAGCUCCAGUAGCAGGAACAAGUUGGCUGAUGCCAUCAUGGUCCGUGGCAUGGGUCAGGAGUCUUUUAUUUACCGUACAGAGAAACCCGAGGACACCCAAAAGUCUGCUUUGACCCUCAACAUCAGAAAGGCCGUGGAAGAGUUGCGAAAAGGAUUGCAGUCCGAGAUGGAAGCAAAUAACAAGGCAAAAGAGACAAUCAACUACUUUGCUUCUCGAGACCCCGGUCUUCUCGAAAAGACGGAACUACUCCAGACCUUGUCGGAUAUCAAAGACAUGCUGAUCGAGGUGGACGGCAAACAGCAGAAUCUGAGAUGGGUGGAGGGCCAAAUGGAUGAGCUAGACAUUGAUGUCGCGCUUCAACAGUUUGAGACGGCAGUUGCCAAGGUUGAGAAGCUUCGAGAUCUUGCGAGGGGGCUAAAGAACAACACUAUUGCUCAGGAUUUCAUCUACUUCAAGGUCCAAGAGCGAUCUACGAAGCUGGCCGGGCUGAUAACGAGAAAUCUGGUCGAUAAUCAUGCUCAAUCCCAGAAAGCAAAGCGAAACGUCGGCUGGUUGACGCGUCUUGGAUUCGAAGAUCGUGCACGAGAAGCAUAUUUAGAGGCCAGAGGGACCCUGGUUAAGAAGAGGUCCAGACAAAUCAUCUUCCAAGGUGAUCUUCACCUUUACAUUUGGCAACUCUCGUUUGCGUAUUUCAGUAUCAUACGCAACACCGUGGCCUGCUUCCAGUCGUGUUUUCCGCAAGCCAUGCUCAGCGCAUGUGUCAAGUGGGCCAAGGAAGAGGUGGAAAACUUCAACGUUAUUCUAGCCCGGCAGCUCAGCAGUGUCGAGAAGGACGGCGAGGUCUGGAAGGAGUGCAUGGAGCGCGCCAAGACGCAUGCGCAGAUGCUCGCCGAGGUCCACCUCGAUUUCAGAGAGCUCAUUGGCAAGGAGAUUGAAGAAGAGCCGGUUGCCAAUGGCGACACCAAGCCAGUAGGACUCGGAGUGAGUCAGGGGUAG